UCUCAUGUUAAGUUUUCUUUCAUUGUUCUUAGCUGUUGGUUUAAAAUAUUGUUCACAAUGGAGCAGGGUGUACAAGAAACUCGUGUUUUAGAGGAAGUACUUGUAGCUUUAGAAUUUGAAAAGUUACAUUUAGAAAAGAAAUUAGAAACUGAAGUUGAAGAUGCAGAAAGAGAGGAAGUUGAAAUACGCUUAGGUGAAAUUUAUGCAGACCUUGAAAUACAUAAAAUAGGUUUGACUCAGCCAUCAUCCCAACCUGAGACAGAGGUGAGACGCUCAGAGCGUCAAAGAAAACUAACAGAAAAAAUGCGUGACUUUAAACAGUCUGAGAUAACAAGUAAAGAAAGAAAGUUUAUGUCAACAUAUGUAAACUUUAAAGCAGAGAUUCAACUCUCUAGGUCCAAACUUAAAAAGGAAUGUUCAAAAGCAGAGUUAACUGAAAUGAUCAAAUCAGUAGGAAAAUGUGAAUCUGACCUACAGCAAGAUUAUGUAGCUUUACGUACACUGACUACUCCAUCUCAAGAUUUCAGAAGAAAGAUGGAUAGCUGUUCUUCAGUUUCCACUGAAAUGAUGUUGCUUCUGAAAAGGCGCUAUGCAGAUGUUGACAAGGAGUUUGAUGCAAUUGCUGUAAAAGACUCACUCCUUCAGUUGCUUCAGAGAGAAGAUGCUAAGUCAAUGUAUGGCUCAACUGUGUCUAGGGCUGAAAAAAGUAGCCAGAACAGUUAUAGUAAGCAAGGAAGUCAGGUAUCUGCAAAGAAAGCAGAGGCAGCUGCACGGUUGGCAUCUAAACGAGCUGAAAUAAGCAGGGAAAAGGAAAUUUCUGCCCAAAGAAAGGAGAUAUUAGCUCAACAAGAGAGAUUAAAAUUGUUGGAAAAGCAAAGAGAUCUUGAGGUUAUUGAGGCUGAAUACAAUGUGUAUGCUGAAGAGGAAUCAAAAUUGAAUGCUGAAAUAAGAAACAGUGAGGUAAAAGGUACUUUGUCUUUUAGUCAGCUUCCCAAACCUCUUAACAGUCCUCCAUACACCCAAGCUAUCCAGAGUACGGCACCUCCUAACUUUGAAGGUAUAACCAACAAGAUCCCAAAAUAUCUUCCAGUGCCCAAGUGUGAUACUAGAGUAGCGUCAAAAGAAAGUGAGUUAUCUCUAGUUCAAGCUUUAAAGGAGUCUUUAGCAAUGACUAGACUUCCAAUACCAGAGCCAUUUACCUUUACAGGAGACCCACUGAAGUUUACUGAGUGGAGCACUUGCUUCAAGGCUCUUAUUGAGACUAGUUGCACAAAUUCAGCCCAUAAACUUUUCUACUUGAAGAAAUACAUUAAUGGAGAAGCUCUUGGUGUUUUAGAAGGGACAUUCUAUCGCAGUGAUGAGGAAGCUUACAACCAAGCUUGGGAUGCUCUGAACAACCGUUAUGGCCACCCAUUUGUAGUUCAAAGAGCUUUUCGGGGAAAGCUAAGCAGUUGGCCAAAGAUCGGACCAAAAGAGUCACUAAAGCUGAGAGAGUUUAGUGAUUUCCUUGUUUCCUGUAAGAAUGCUAUGCCCCAUGUUCAGGGCCUCAAAGUGUUGGAUGAUUGUGAGGAGAAUCAAAAAUUAUUACUGAAACUUCCUGAUUGGGCAACAACCCGCUGGAACCGUCAUGUGUCAAAACUGUUAGAUGAAGGAAAGGAAUAUCCAGGUUUCACAGUCAGAGUUUGCUGACUUUGUGGCAGAAGAAGCACGAAUAGCAUGCAAUCCAGUUUCUUCUUUGUUUGCCUUAAAGAACACAUUUGAAAAACCUGAAAAGGAACAAAAACGUCAGAAAGCCAGUGUCCUGAUAACAACGAAUGUGUCAACAAAUGAAAAGGCCACAGCUGCAACACAGAUCAACAAAAAAUCCAAACCCAACCUUUCCUCAACUCAGAAUAAAAGGCAAAUUGAAUGCAUCUGCUGCAGGCAAAAUCACUUUAUUUACAAAUGUGACAAGUUUACAGCAAUGUCUCUUGAAGAAAAGAAGCAGUUCAUUAUCGACAACAAUAUGUGCUUUGGUUGUCUUCGUGUUGGUCACAUAUCCAAGAACUGUCAACAAAGAGUAACAUGUAAUGUUUGCAAGCGGAAGCACCCUUCUCCUCUUCAUGAAGAUCAUCCACAACCAGAUAAGCCUGAGAUGCUACCGAAAGAGGAAAAUGCAGCCACUGUAUCAUGCAGUGUGAAAUUGGACAACAGUGAUUGCACUUCAAUGAUUGUCCCAGUUUGGCUUUCUUCUUCAACAAAUAGACCAGAGACAUUGGUUUAUGCUUUGCUAGACACCCAAAGCAGCAAUACAUUUAUUGAUCAAAAUGUUUGUGAAAAAUUACAAGCAAGAACAGGACCCGUUAAAUUAAAGCUGACAACCAUAACUGACAGGUGUUCUAUUGUGCCUAGUCAAAGAGUGGAAGGACUGAGAGUUAGAGGGUACCACUCACAAGAGUAUAUUGAGUUGCCACCUACAUAUACUCGAGAAUACAUUCCACUUCAGAAAAACAGUAUUCCAACUCGAGAGACUGCAAAAAAAUGGCCCCACCUACUCAGCAUUGCAAAUGAAAUGCCAGAUCUCUUGGACUGUCCUGUAGCUCUCCUCAUUGGUUAUGACUGUACAAGAGCUCUAAAACCAAGGAAGGUCAUACCAGGAGAGGAUUAUGAUCCCUAUGCAGUUAAAACAGACUUGGGAUGGAGCAUUGUGGGACCCAUUAAGCCAUGGACAGGUUCAGUGGGCGCAACUGGGACCUGCCAUCGUGUAAUAGUAAAGGAAUUGCCAUCUAUUACACCUGCAUCUGUGAUUAAAGCACUUGAAGCUGAUUUUCUGGACACUAACCCCAAAGAAGGGAACAUAUCUCAAGAGGACAUUCAGUUUUUAGAGAUGCUAAAUGAAAACAUUCACUACAAUGAGCAAGGUCAUUUAGAAAUGCCUUUACCUUUUAAAGAACGUCCACAGCUUCCAAAUAACAAGCAGCUUGCAACAGUUCGUCUGAAAUAUUUGAAAAUGAAAAUGGACAAGAACCCCAAGUACAAAGAAGAUUACAUAAAGUUCAUGAAUAAUGUGUUUAAAGAUGGUGAUGCAGAGGAAGCAGAAGAAACACCACAGGAUGGUAACACAUGGUACAUUCCACACCACGGUGUGUAUCACCCCAGAAAGCCAGAAAAAAUUAGAGUUGUUUUUGACUGCUCUGCUAAACAUGAAGACACCUCUUUAAAUGACCACUUACUUACAGGCCCAGACUUGAUCAAUACUCUGGCAGGAGUAUUGUGCAGAUUCCGAGAGAACAGAAUCGCAAUAAUGUGCGAUGUGGAGAAAAUGUUUCACCGCUUCCAUGUUAAUCCAGAGGAUCGAGAUUUCUUAAGGUUUUUGUGGUGGAAGGAUGGAAAUACAAAUACUGAGCCAAAGGAAUAUCGCAUGCGAGUGCAUGCGUUUGGUGCAGCGUCAUCGCCUGGAUGUGCUAAAUUUGGCAUGAAACAUCUCGCCAGAAGAAACGAAAAGGACUACCCACUGGCAGCCAGUUUCAUUCACAAAAACUUUUAUGUGGAUGAUGGGCUUCUCAGUGUUGAAACAGAUAAGAAAGCCAAGCAGCUAGUCUGUGAAGCACUCAAACUCUGUGUUAAAGGGAAGUUGCGUUUGCACAAAUUUGUGUGCAACAACAAAGAGGUCAUGAGUGUUAUUCCUGAAACUGAGCGAGCUGGCAACACUACGGAUGUAAACAUGAACUACUCUGAAGUUCCAAUGAAAAGUGUGCUGGGAGUAAAAUGGAAUGUGGAAGCCGAUGUGUUCACAUUCAGUGGAGCCCUCAAAGAAAGGCCAGCUACACGCCGAGGAAUUCUAGCAACAGUAGCAAGUGUGUAUGACCCGUUAGGAUUUCUUUCACCCUACACUUUGAUAGGAAAACAAGUACUCCAGGAAAUGUGCAAAAGUGGAGUUGGAUGGGAUGAACCUGUUCCUUCCGCACUGGAAACCAAGUGGAAAGCUUGGCUCUAUGACUUGGAAAAUCUUCGAAAGGUCGAAAUACCUAGAUGCCUCUUUCCUGAGAACCUAGGCAAAAUCAAAAGGGUUGAGCUGCAUCAUUUUUCUGAUGCUAGCAGCAGUGGCUAUGGACAAUGCUCAUACAUUAGGUUUGUUACAGAUGAACAAGUGCAUUGUGCUCUAGUUAUGGGUAAAGCCAGAGUGGCACCUAUAAAAAUAGUCACAAUCCCGUGCCUCGAGCUCACUGCAGCUGCAGUUUCUGCUUUUGUUAGUAACUUUCUUAGAGCAGAGCUUGAGCGGAAAAUCGACGAGGAGUUUUUCUGGACAGAUUCUCAAGUGACUCUUGGGUACAUAAAAAACGAUGCUCGUCGCUUUCAUGUAUUUGUUGCAAAUCGAGUUCAAAAAAUAAGAGACACUACAGACCCAAACCAAUGGUUUUACAUUAAAGCUGAUCAAAAUCCAGCUGACCACGCAUCUAGAGGCCUCAAGGUGGCAGAGCUAAUAAACUCAAACUGGCUCACUGGACCUAAAUUCCUUUGGGAAAGAGAAAUUAUCACGAACCAACAAUCUCCAGAACUUCUUGUUGGUGACCCAGAGGUAAAAGUUCUUAAAACAGAUGCUAUUGAGCAAGACAGGUUUCUUGAGAGGUUCAUGAAAUGCUCUGAUUGGAUCACAGCACUUAAUGUGGUAGCAAGGAUUAAAAGACUUGCAAAAAGAGACAAAUCAGGAGCCAUCAGUGAGAAAGGUUAAGAUCCAAGUAGGUCAAAGAGAUUUAGGGAACAAAGGUGAACGUCUGAGACAACUAUCUUUUCUGGAGAGACCUGUUCAAAAACUAGUGGUUUUGGUUAAAAGUGAGUCCUAAACUACAGUAAAGUACAAAAUUUGAUACAACAUUAAUAUGUGAUAUUUGAGUUUAUCAAGUUACUGAUUUCUGUGUGUUUCAUAACAAAGAUUUAUGGUUGAUAGUUAUUUUAUUGAAAAUUACAAGAUUUAAAGUUCUUUAAUGUGUAGUGAAUUUCAAUCAUUGUAAUUUUGGUGGCAGUGUAGCUGUCGCAGUUAAAUGUGGUUAUUCAUUGUCAUUUGUUUGAUUUAACUGUGGAAAUAUUUAAUUUAAUUUCUUUGUUGAUUUGACGCCACCUGCUGGCUGGAUUGAAAUUUGACACUGGAAGGUGCGCGCGAGCGGAGCGAAUGAUUAACUGACACAAGCACGGAGAAGCGACCAGAAGAAGCUCACAUCGGAUAAAGAAAAGUGGACAUGGACUGAAAUUGCUUGUGAAUAUUAAGUGGAGAGGCGCACACGUUUUUCACGGUGUUUGCUGGUAACAAGAAGAUAAAGAACCAGUUGAACAUCA